AUGACCCCAGUUGCUACGGGAGAGAUCGCCCCGGUGCAUCUUCCCGUUGGCUCCUCAAAGCCGUUGAGCAUCAGUGCUUCUGUCUUGCAUGGUCCCCGCGAUCUGCGGAUGGAAACUAGAAUCAUUGAGGCUCCAGCAGCAGGUGAGCUUCAGAUUGCUGUUAAAGCAACAGGUAUCUGCGGCUCGGACGUUUCCUAUUACAAGAAAUUCGCCAAUGGCGAUCUUUGCGCCUGUCAUCCAUUGUCCCUAGGUCAUGAAUCUUCUGGCGAAGUUGUUGCUAUCGGUCCACAAGUGAACGGCUUCAAAUUGGGAGAUCGAGUUGCUCUUGAGGUUGGCGUUGCUUGUGGAAACUGCGGUACUUGCCGCAAAGGUCGGUACAAUCUGUGCAAAAAGUUGCGUUUCAGGAGUAGUGCCAAAACGUAUCCUCAUUACCAAGGCACAUUGCAAGAGAGGAUCAAUCAUCCUGCCGUUUGGUGCCAUAAGCUUCCAGACAACGUCUCAUAUGAGGCCGCUGCUCUUCUUGAACCAUUGUCGGUAGCCAUUCAUGCAGUGAACCGCGCAAGACCAGAGCCUGGCUCUACUGCUAUUGUUAUCGGAGCCGGCACCGUUGGAUUGUUGACUGCUGCAAUGGCUCGCCAAUCUGGCUGUACCUCAGUGACUAUCACCGACAUUGACGCUGGCCGUGUCAAUUACGCUGUGAGCCAAGGAUUCGCAACGCACGGGUUCGUGACUCCUAUCUCACGUUUAAAUUCGUCCAACUACUCUUCUGGGAUAUCAACGCCUGCCACUGGUGCUUUAACACCUGCCAGCACGUUUUCGACAGCAAGCCGCUUUGAUGGAGCAAAAUCCCUGGCUGCAGACAUACUUGCCUCUUCGAACUCCCCUGGCUCAUUCAUACUUGAAGAGGAUGAAGAUGGCGUCGAUAUUACAUUCGAAUGCACUGGAAAAGAGGUUUGCAUGCACACAAGCUUGUACGCAACCAAAGCUGGUGGUAAAGUCAUCAUGGUAGGCAUGGGAACUCCUAUACAGACUCUCCCUCUGUCAGUAGCCCACCUUCGUGAGAUUGACAUUUUGGGCGUGUUCCGAUACUCCAACACCUAUCCUACUGGAAUUCGCCUGUUAUGUUCUCAAGCUGCGAAUCCAUCUGGCUGUGGUCUGCCUUCACUAGACGGCAUGGUGACACAUCGAUUCAAGGGGCUUGACAAGGCACAGGCUGCUUUUGAGCUUGCAACACGCACCAGCGACGAUGAGGGCAACCUUGUUUUAAAGAUUGUGAUUGAAGCGUGA